AUGUCGGACGUGCAAACUGUUUUUGUGGAGGGUGAACUGGAAAUAGAUUCAAACAUUUACAACUCCACAUGCAGUCUUGAUAAUUUACCUACCAAACUCGUGCUACAAUGGAUCAUCGUUGACUAUGUCUAUUAUCGAAUUUGCCUCAAAGGAUACAAAGGCAUUAUACUUUUCGAGAAGGAACGUGGUCACACUGUUAAUCACAGAAUUCUAGAUUUAAUUAUGAGACGUCUUGUAGAUCGUGCGGAGGAGCUGGAGGCAAAAUUUACGCCACGUUUCGAGAAUCGUAACGCGAUGUUACUGUGCACACCGGAGAGAGCUCAGAAGGAUUUUAUGGAUUCUCUGACCAACAUUUGGGCUGAUGAAUUGGCUAACUGGGGUCGUUUCCUCAGUUACAUCACAUUCACAGCAGCUUACUGUAUGAGCUGCCUAGAUGCUGGCAUGGUAUUGAUCAUACAAACGUUGGUUGAUUACGCCAUUCGAGACCUAGACGCUAAAAUGGGAAGAUGGGUGCUGGCCCAUGGAGGAUGGCGAGGAUUUCUGAAAGCUUUGAGCGAGAUUAGGUUAAAUUGA